UAUGUAUUAACACAAAUCAAAACAGUAGGUUUUCUUUCAGAAAAAAAAUUAUACAUUAUGGCAAAAAAGAAAACUUAUUCUGAAUUAUUUUGGACCACAGUAUUUGUGUUAAUAGUGUGCAUGACAACGAUUUCAAUAUUUUCCGGAUACCAUCAUUCCUCGGGAAACUUAAGAUCAAUUCUGAUAACCGUGAUUGCGGUCCUUAUGUUUCACUAUAUGUUCGGAGAUCCCAUCAGGUUUGCGUUACUCUCACUGGAGGCUUCCAUUUGGCCACCGGGUCAGCGUAAGUUCGCAACGGAAAAGGAAGCCACUCAUCACAAUCGCCUAGAUUAUUUGACGUUGCGAUUGCAAAGCCUACGUGCUCACCUUUAUAUAAUGGAAAGACAUCGUGACGAGAAACUGAAUUGCAAGUACAAGCAUAUAGCACAUGAUCUGUGGCUUUAUGGAAGCUCGCUGAUAAAUGCAUUUCAUCCUGAAAUUAACCAUACUGGUGUAUCGGUAUGGGUCCACGGCAAGCAAACAAUCCUACUUGGAGUUGUGCGGCUACGUCAAUUGCGACUGACCGAGCAACAUUAUGGUGUUUAUGAGCCGGACUUCUCAGAUCAAUCCUAUAUGCCUGAGUGGAAACUACCAUACGUGGACUUGCCCUAUUCUAAUAUUUAUUGGCGCAUCUACCAGCCAUGGGUUCACAGAAAUCCGAACGUACGUGAGAACCUAUGGCUGAACUUUCAACAUGUGGGCUUUUUUCGUAACUACCCCGAGCUGGGAGGAUAUGUGGUAUUAUUUGCUCGGAGUCGACAGAAUAGUCUCAAAAUACUAGAAUACCUUCAGAGCAACAAAUGGCUCAAUUACAACACUUCGGCGGUAUUUCUGGAUUUUUUACUAUACAAUACUGAUGCAAACAUAUUGAAUGUAUGCACCUUGCGUGUAGAGCAGACUCCCUUUGGAAGCACGAUCCCCAAUGUGAGAGUUGAGAGCUUGAGACUGCUGGAAAAUAAGCUAUCAGAUGUGGCAAUAGUCUUGGUUAUUGUUUAUAUCAUUGUGUUUAUAGAGUUUUUUAAAGCAUUAACGGUGAAGUUGUGGUUAGAUCCAAGCGAAAUUCGCAGUGUGUGGAACAUAAUAGACCUCGGAAUAUUUAUGCUCAACAUCAUCUUGUUAACUUUGAUUAUCUUACGUGAAGAUAAAGUUGCAUCGAUUCUUAAACAUAUUGAGGGCGCCAGUAAAAUGGAGUUUAUUGAGUUAAGGCCUGCAGCUCGGCUGCACAUGGUCAUCAGAAUGAUUUUUGGCUUUCUUAUCUGCAUUACAACGUUGCGUUUGUGGAAGGUGCUACAAUUUUCCAGUGUCUUUCAACUGUUUACCUUUACACUGCACCUGGCAUGGGCAGCUGUGGCGAGUGUUGCCUUGGUCAUAUUCGUAUUCAUUUUGGGCUUUGGUGUGGCAGUUUCUACAAUAAAUGGCAACAACAGUUUUAACGUUUAUCGGCUUAGCAAGAGUGUCGUAUCUUGCAUGUGCUUCGCAUGUGGAUUUACUAUGGCUGUUAAUACAGAAGAUCUUUUUCAUGGAGGCAAGCUUUUUGGUAUUCUCAUGUUUUCAAUCUUGGCAUUUGUUAUUUCAGUGAUGUUGAUAAAUGUUUUCGUAUCUCUCAUCAACGACUAUUUUUCCACUGCGAAGGACCAGAGGGAUACACGAUUUGUACGUCGCAUUAGCAUUUUGCAAUUUAUGUAUGCUGAGUGUAUGCCUUUUGUAUUAUGGUGGCAAAAGUUUCGUAUUUUCCGUAAAUAUUAUCACCGCAAAAACAAAACUGUUUCUGAAAACAUUAAACGGCAGUUGGAAUUGCUUGGAGAAGAUAGGCAAAAGGCGGAGAGUGACAACACAUUUGUUGUCAAGAAAAAAAUAUCUCAGUUUGAUUUGAAUUUGGAACUGGAGCAAUUUAGGCGGAAACAGGAACGGAUUUAUACAAUUGGAGCUAUAAUCAAUACUCAAAUUGAUAUACUCAACAUAAUUUAAAAUGCGAAUGAAAAUGAAUAAAUCAAUAUUAAAUAAAUGUGUUACUACCAAUAUCAAAUGACUUAUAUACACUUUAACAUAACUGCUUCCAGUCGAAUGCUCGACUAGGAAAUAAAAGCUCUGUAUUGCGUAAUCAUGUCAGUGAUGCCAUUAAAAAUAUUUGUAUUAUAA